GGAUUUCGGAACGCUCGAAAUGGCGCGAGGCUGAUACCGGAGUGACAGAUUCGGCAACCUCCUAAGAAACUUUUGAAAUACAUUUGUUAUUCACACACUUAAGAUCGUGUUAUACUUCCUGCGACUAAGUUUAUAUUUGAGAUUCUGCUGCGUGUCAAUAGGUUAAACUGGGACUCUCGAGAAAGAUAAGACAUUUCAUAUGUAUCCAGAACAAUUGUCACAAUGAACAUCGACAAGCUCAUCAAGAGGAAGCAGCAUGCCAGGCGCGACAACAAUCUUCGCCAGCUGGCCGAGCUCACAAACACUCUGGGGGACAUGUACUUCGAGAACGAACGGCCGGUGGAGGCAUUGCGGGAGUACACGGAGCAGCUGGCGGCCUGCGAGGAGCUGCGGGACAGGCUGAGCUGCGCGAUAGCGCACAGAAUGAUCGGGGAGGUUCACGCAAGCCUGGGAGAAUACGAGCAGGCCCUGGUGCACCAGAAUCUACACCUGGAAGGCGCCCGAGACAUGAGGAACUCCAUAGAGGAGCAGCGGGCGCUUGCCACCCUGGGCAGAACUCACUUCUGCUUGGCCGAGAGCUUGAUCGGCAAGGCACAGAAACGCGACGAAGCGUUGGCGAACGCAAAGGCGGCCUACGCGCAGAGCAUGGAGCUGUGCGACAAAUUGACGGCCUCCGAGAUCAAGCUGGAGGAGAAGACGUUGAUGCGAGCGAGGCUGCUGCUCAAUCUAGGACUGACGCUGGAGGCGCAGAGAGAGACGCAGCAGGCGAUCAAUCUGAUUGAGCAGGCGACCGCAUUGUGCGUGUCCAACAACUUCCAGGAGGAUCUGCAUCGCACGUGCAUCUCUCUGGCGGCCAUAUACGAGCGCCAGGGCAAUCUCGAGCUGGCGUUGAGUUACAUCGACACCGCGGCCACCGUGAGCGACGCGCGCCUGCGUGCCGAGGCGAGAGUGACGAAGGCCGAACUGUUCAUGCGAACCGGACAGUGGAUUGAGACGCGCAAGGUCUUGGUUUCCCUGUACACGAGUAGCGGAUUGCCGAGGGACAUUAAUUGCCAGGUGGAGAAGUAUUUGAGGAUUAUCGUAACUAUAUGCCGCGCGGAGAACAGUCUCCUCGUCGAGACGAACGUCCGUGCCAAGCAGAGAUUGUACGAGACCCUGGGCGACGCGGCGGUCGCCGCGCAGUGCUUCGACAAAGGUGUGGAAUAUUAUCGGCACAUGCUGACCUGUGCAGAGGAGACGGGCGAGCAAAUAGGCGUCUCUUUAACGAGCCUGGUUCAAACGCUCAAGGACGCGGGACGGUACAAGGAGGCGUUGCCUCUCGCGCGGCGGGAGCUGGAACUCUGCGCCAGUCCUCGCGAGAAAUGCAGAUCGGCGCUGUUUCUGGCUGAUCUGCUGGUGACGGCGAAUGCCGCUGACGCAGAAAUUCGGGACUCUUACACAUUGGCGCUGAGCUCGGCAAACGAGAGCGGUAAUGUCAAAUUACAAAAGUCCGUUGUUAGGGAACUCGUCAGUUAUCUGAGGAGCGCGGGUCAGCUGGACGAGGCGGAGGACACGAAGCGGAGAGCGGGAUUGACGUCGGAAGUGCCGAGCGACACGGAGAGCGAGGUGUCGUCCGAGGAGAACGGCGAGAUUGGCGCGGACAUCUGCCUGGAGGAUCUGUCCGAUCUGGAGGUCGAGGAGGUCGACAAGAGGCCGGUUGGCACCAAGAGAAGAUCAAGGAGAGUUGCGUCCGCGAUCAAGAGGAACGAGAAGGGCGAGACGCAGCUGCACGUGGCGUGCAUCAACGGCGAUCUCGGCGCCGUCGAGCGGCUCCUGUCUUCCGGUCAUUCCACGAACGUCCGAGAUCACUACGGCUGGUCCCCGCUUCACGAAGCCGCGAAUCACGGCUACGUCGACAUCGCGGAGCUGCUGCUAAAGCACGGCGCGAGCGUCAACGAUCCCGGCGGUGCGUCCUGCAAGGGCGUGACGCCGCUGCACGACGCCGCGUACUGCGGCCACUUCUCGAUGAUGCAGCUCCUGAUGCAGCACGGGGCGACCGUGACGCUCAGGACCCACGACGGCGACACGGUGCUGGAUUGCCUGGAAGAUUGGAGAGAUCGCGUGGAGGAUUUAAGUCCUACGGACUUGGUCGAGUACGAGACGUUGCGUAACAAGCUUUCGGCUGUUAUUCCAGUGAAGAAGAGAAGGAAGAGAUCGUCCGACGACGUCCCGGUCGAGAGGUCCGCGUCGCCCGAGACGUUCGAGGCUCGAAGGAUAUCCGCCGGUGAAGAUUACAAGAGAACGAUAGCGAGCUUGCGUACCUUCAAUAAGACCAACGCCGUUAGCGCGUUUAAGGGCAGUAACGAGCCGGUCGCGCCGUUGGUGAGCGAGGAGCAAGUCCUCGUCGACGAUUGGCUCGAGGACGACAUCGGGAGUGCAGCGAGGAAAAAGUCUGCGUCCAACAGUCACACCGCUGCAAUCAAACGAAAGUAUGCGGACGGAAAUCUGGAGAGCGCCGCUAAAAAAAUGAAGCCGUACAACGCGGGCCUAAGUAGGGACGACUUUAGCACGAGCGAAGACAGCGAUUCCGCCGCUGAUGUUUGCCAGUUGUUUGAAAGAGCCAAAAGGAGCAGGAGAAAACGGCAGACGUCCUUGCUAUCAAGUGGAUUCACCGUGUCUCGCACGCCGUCCCCAGAGGCCCACCCGCAAUCACCUCCGCAUACCACAACAAGUUCGAAGCAGUACGACAAAGAAUACGUGCAUUUACGUAUGUCUGUUAAAGAGAGGGUGUUCAAUCUGAAAGUAGCAGUUUGCGAGGACGAGACGGAGUUUCUGGCGUACGUUAAAAGUACCGCCGAGCGCGUGUUUCACGAAGAAACCGGUUGCACGGUCAAAUUGCUGUUGCGUCCGGUAAACGGGGCUGUUGCGACGAAGGAAAAUAUUCUGAAUGUUGCGAGGGAGAACGAGAAGUUAGAAUGCGAGAUAGUCGAGCUGCAGGUCCCGUCCGUUGUCGAGCGAUACAAGACGGUCUGCUCUACUCACCAUUUGACCCCCUGCGAAGUCAUGCUGAAGUGCUUGAAGUCCUGCGAAAAUACGUCGAUAUUUCGCGUAAAACCCGACGAUAUCGAUAAGCAAUUACUCGUACCGUUAUUAAAAACCUUAGAAUACGAGAAGAGCGUCAAGGUGUUACAAUUAUCGGGCACUGUGUUGUUAUCAGCGGGGGCGCACCUGCAUCAAUGUCUCUCGAAUCUGUCGUCUCUGCAGGAGCUCUACUUGAAAGGCUGUGAUAUUGACUUCGCCUGUUUACGCCAAGUGAACUCGUUACCUGCCCAGUUAAGAGUUCUAGAUCUCAGUUAUAAUCCGUUGAGCUCCGAGAGCCGUGACACCCUCCGAAAGCUAAUCGCGCCCUUACGAUACCUACAAACCCUUAACUUGCGUUACUGCACGCUCGAGGACUUUUACCUUCCACUCGACCACAAUCUUAAUCUGACAAGCUGCGAUAUCUCGUGGAAUAAAUUAAAUCGCGACGCGGCGUCUUCGUUUCUGAGCAGGCAGCUGUUCGAUUUGAACUUGUCCAAUGUUCUGUCUUCCAACCGCUUCAUCUCGAGCCUAGACACGAUUAACGUAGCCCUGUCGCCGAGCAUAGAGUCGCUAGACCUUUCGUUCUGUGAUGUAACGGACUCUGAUGUAAGGACGAUCCUAAAACAAUUACCUAGACUGUUAAAAUUUAUUCUUAGUGGAAACAUAAAUGUAUCUGUGUUAUCUGUAAACAUGUUAUUGAGUCGUCAGCCUACGUUAGCCUAUGUCGACGUUAGCGGUUGUAAAAAUAUCGCGAGUAAUCCAGAGGCUGGAUUGGUUAUACAAAAUCCGAAGGUUUGUACGCUACUGGCUAGCAUAGAGCCUAACUUGUGUGACGCGUGGAUUAAAUUGUGGCGAGGUACGGGUAUUGUAACGAAAUUGCCUCAUAACUUGGCGAUUUUUAAACCAACGUGACUUUGUA